AUGGGCAAUGAAAACUCCAGCUCCAAAUCUUUUGAUUUCAACGCCAGCUCGGCAGACGGGGUGAGUAAUAUAGGGCUCAAAACUCAGUGUUAAUUAUCUUUACUAAACGUUAGAACACAAGCUUCUGUUUUUGAAAUCGUACUAUUGAGUAUUUCAGUUGUUAACUAUCUUGUACAUAAGGUGGCUUACGUGUAUUGAUAUGUUAUUUACAGGAAGAUGACAUCGACCUGUCGGUCCCGGCUAAAAAGCGUAGGCUACUACGCGGUAGUAUUUCCUUGCGAUCUAUUGCUUCGCUAGCCAGCUCUGCUUUAUCAUCAGACCAAAAGUCUACAGACACAGAGAAGACUUCAAGGAAACGGAAACACACGGCUAUACCACAAUCACCAUCGACUCAGAGCAGUAAGUAUAACAUAUCAGAAGCAUUACUUUUUUAUAGUUAGAGAGUAAUUAAAUGUAAUAUCUGAUAAUGAUAAAGACAGUACUGUAUUUUCAGUGGUUUUGGGGUAUGAAAGACAUUGGCCUGGUCUGAUGGGCCAUGGAUUUGAGCCUGAAUUCCCAUGGCGUAGCGAUGUAACAGAGAGCGAUUUUCUGGUAAGUUGUCAAAUUUGCAUAUUUAUCUUUCGUCUUCAUGAGAGAAGCACUGUAUACGUUAAAAUUUGGGCUUUAACCAGAACAUUUAACUAAAUAAAAUAAAAAUAUAAACUUUUCUAGCCAAAAACAGAGACAUCCAAAAAGGUUUUUAUAAGCACGUAAAAGUAUAUAAAGUUUGACGAUAAUCUAGUGCUUUUUCAGUUUUUGAAUUCAGUAGGGAACGGUCGUUUUGGGAAUGUGUAUCGAGCUUCCAUCAGAUCCAAACCAAGCCAGCAAAUUGCCCUAAAAGUACAAAAUAAGUCUGACAUAUUAAAAGCCGAAGCUGAGGAACAGAUUUGUAAUGAAGUCAAGGUUCUGGUAUGUUUUUGAGCACAUUUCUUGACGUUCUAAUUAGUUCAUUAGUAAUACUUACCUAAAAUCAUUUUAGAAAUCAUUAGGAAAGCACAAAUUCAUAGCGGCCUUUCUGGAUUCCUGGCAGACCCAAACCGAACUGUUUACUGUAAUGGAAUAUGUUGAUGGUUACGGUGACCUUUUCACUUUAUGGAGCGAUUACGGCCAAUUUUCUGAAGAGCUAGUGAGAUUGUAUGGUGUGGAAUUGGCUUUAGGAUUAGGUAACUAUAAUAGUUAUUUUGUGUCAUUAAUUGAAUCGAUUAGUAUAAAAUGACAUUCAUCAUUAAAAACUUGGUAUUUUAGAUUACCUACACGACAACAGCAUCAUUCAUCGUGACAUCAAAAUGGAAAACAUUGCUUUGGAUAUCAAAAUGCACGUCAAAUUCGUUGACUUUGGUUUUGCCAAGUUUUUGGCCCAAAAAGACCGAACACAUACUAUAUGUGGUACUCUACAGUACAUGGCUCCCGAGAUUGCCAGAGGGCGUCCUUAUGAUCUGGCAGUGGAUUGGUGGAGUCUGGGAGUGACAUUAUAUGUGAUGAGAACAGGAUCGUAUCCCUUCCCUAACAAUAAUGCCUUAAAUCACCAUGAGCUGGUGUUCGAACAUAAGGAGUUUCCAGAAUCUUGUACUCAAGAGUUCAAGAGUCUGCUUAAACGGGUAUGUUAAUCAUGUGUAUAAAUGUAAUCCAUUUUCUGUCUCUUUAUUGUAUAAAAAUGUGUUAUAGAUGUUGGCAUUAGAUCCGACUCAACGAUUGAGAAAUUCACAGAAUCUGUUUACGCAAGAAUUCUUUCAUAACGUCAACAUUGAAGGCAUCUACCAUCAGAAUGUAAGUACUACAUCAGUGUAGAAAGAAACAUUUUCACAUUAAACUUAAAAUUUUCAAAAUUUACUACAGUAACGUAACAUCUAGUCAUACUAAUAACACUUUUCGUGCAGGUAUGUCCUUGGGAAUUGUUGAAAAACGAAUGUAAAACUAGAAACUACGACAGCCAAGAUCAGCCACAGGGUGGAUAUUCUGAACAUUACUCACGGGUUUUCUCCGGGUUUGAAACUAACUAUAACUCAAUGGAGACUGAUUAG